CAAAACAGUUUAGUUUUCGCAGAGAGUUGAGUAAGUCACAAGACGAAGAAGAAGCACUGACCUGACAACUUUUUUUUUUAUUGUAAUAACUUUUAUUUACAACUCGGAGAUUUUUAUCAUUGUAAUAAGGGAAUUGUUGCAGAGGAACAAAAAAAUAUUAUUACAAUGUUGAUGCGAGCCGUACAACGUCAAACGACAUCUCUUUCACGGCAAAUUCGUGCCUUGACAACAACGAGUAGCUUGCGAGCAGGUCACUCGACAACGCCGCCAGAGAAGACGUCGUUGCACGACUUUCACGGGCAAAAAAAGGGAAAAAUUGUGGACUUUGCGGGAUACUUGCUGCCUGUCCAGUAUGAAGACUUGAGUAUCAGUGCCAGUCAUUUACAUACGAGAAAAAAUGCGUCAGUUUUUGACGUCAGUCACAUGUUACAAACUUACAUUCGUGGCAAAGAUGCAAUCGAGUGUUUCGAGUCAAUUUGCACCGCAGACUUGCAAGGCAUGCAAAAUGGCAAUGGAUCGUUGACGGUGUUCACAAAUGCGGAAGGCGGUAUCUUGGAUGACUUGAUUGUCAGUCGUGUGGCGGAUGAUCUCUUGUACGUAGUCUCAAAUGCUGCUUGCAAGACGCAGGAUAAGCAAAUUAUGAAAAGUGCAGUGGAAUCCUUCAAAUCCAAGGGCAAAAAUGUUGAUAUCGAGUUUUGGGAAACAGCAGACCGCGCUCUUCUUGCUCUCCAAGGACCUACCGCAGCAAAAGCUUUGCAAGAACUCACAAAAUUCCCAUUAAAAGACUUUUAUUUCAUGCAAACGACAUCAACUGAAAUUGCUGGAGUUCCAAAUUGCCGUGUUACUCGUUGUGGCUACACCGGCGAAGAUGGUUUCGAGAUCUCCAUUCCUGCUGAAAAAAGUGCUCAUGUGGCCGAAGCACUUUUGAACACGAAAACGGGUGAUGUCAAGUUGGCCGGAUUGGGAGCACGUGACUCGUUGCGUUUGGAAGCCGGAUUGUGUUUGUACGGCAGUGACAUUGAUACAACAACGACUCCAAUUGAGGGAGGUUUGGCAUGGCUUGUGGCGAAAAGACGUCGUGCUGCAGCAGAUUUUCCGGGAGCGCAGACAAUUUUGAAACAAUUGAAAGAAGGAUGUACUAGACGUCGUGUUGGCUUCAGAAUGACAAGUGGACCUCCAGCACGUCAUGGCACGAAAAUUGUCGUGAAUGGAGAAACGGUGGGUGAAAUCACCAGUGGAUGUCCCAGUCCUAGUCUCGGAGGAAGUGUAGCGAUGGGUUACAUUAGCGAAGCGCAUAAGAAAGUCGGAACGAAGGUCGAAUUGAAAAUUCGUGAUAAAUUGUUUGCAUCGGAAGUUACUAAAAUGCCCUUCGUUACAUCGAACUAUUAUCAAAAACCAAAAUAAUUAUUUUUUAUCAAAGUCAUAGGAGUUUAGCUAAAGCCCAAAUAGAUAGAUAUACAACUGAUUAGAAAUAAAGCAUACAGUCAAUAAAUUACUCUAUAAAUAUCUUCAAAAAUAAAAUGGAACAAAAUAAAUGAAACUAAUAAUAUAAUAAAAGAAA